GAGAAACCAUGAAUUCUCUUCUUCGGUUGAGCCACUUGGCUGGACCUGCACAUUAUCGCGCACUUCACUCCUCUUCGUCCAUCUGGAGCAAAGUUGCAAUCAGUAAAUUCGAGCCGAAGUCGUACCUCCCGUACGAGAAACUAUCUCAGACUGUGAAGAUUGUGAAAGACAGAUUGAAACGUCCAUUGACGCUUUCCGAAAAGAUUCUCUAUGGACAUUUGGAUCAACCAAAAACUCAAGAUAUUGAGAGAGGAGUUUCAUACCUUCGUCUUCGUCCAGAUCGUGUUGCUAUGCAAGAUGCUACCGCUCAAAUGGCUAUGCUCCAAUUCAUCAGCUCCGGACUUCCAAAGACAGCUGUUCCAUCAACUAUUCAUUGCGAUCAUUUGAUUGAAGCUCAAAAGGGUGGAGCCCAAGAUUUGGCCCGUGCUAAGGACCUCAACAAAGAAGUCUUCAACUUCCUUGCUACUGCUGGAAGCAAAUAUGGAGUUGGAUUCUGGAAGCCAGGAUCUGGAAUUAUCCAUCAAAUCAUUCUUGAGAACUACGCUUUCCCAGGACUUCUUCUCAUCGGAACUGAUUCUCACACACCUAACGGAGGAGGACUUGGAGGACUUUGUAUUGGAGUUGGUGGAGCCGAUGCUGUAGAUGUUAUGGCUGAUAUUCCAUGGGAGCUCAAGUGCCCGAAGGUCAUUGGAAUCAAACUCACUGGAAAGCUCAACGGAUGGACUUCUGCCAAGGACGUUAUCUUGAAGGUUGCUGAUAUCCUCACUGUCAAAGGAGGAACUGGAGCUAUUGUUGAGUAUUUCGGCCCAGGAGUGGAUUCUAUUUCUGCAACUGGAAUGGGAACCAUCUGCAACAUGGGAGCCGAAAUCGGAGCUACGACAUCUGUCUUCCCAUACAACGAGAGCAUGUACAAGUAUCUGGAAGCUACUGGACGUAAAGAAAUCGCCGAAGAAGCCAGAAAGUACAAAGAUCUCCUCACUGCUGACGAUGGAGCUAACUAUGAUCAAAUCAUCGAGAUCAACCUCGACACUCUUACUCCACAUGUCAACGGACCAUUCACUCCAGAUCUUGCCUCUUCCAUCGACAAACUUGGAGAAAACGCCAAGAAGAACGGAUGGCCACUCGAUGUAAAGGUCUCACUUAUCGGAUCAUGCACCAACUCUUCAUACGAAGACAUGACCCGUGCUGCUUCCAUUGCCAAACAAGCUCUUGAUAAGGGACUCAAGGCUAAGACCAUUUUCACCAUCACCCCAGGAUCCGAGCAAGUCCGUGCCACUAUUGAAAGAGACGGACUCUCCAAGAUUUUCGCUGAUUUCGGAGGAAUGGUUCUCGCAAAUGCCUGUGGACCAUGUAUUGGACAAUGGGAUCGUCAGGAUGUGAAGAAGGGAGAAAAAAACACAAUUGUCACAUCAUACAACCGUAACUUCACCGGAAGAAAUGAUGCGAACCCAGCCACUCACGGUUUCGUUACUUCUCCAGAUAUCACAACUGCUAUGGCCAUCUCCGGACGUCUUGACUUCAAUCCACUUACUGAUGAGCUCACCGCCGCUGAUGGAAGCAAAUUCAAACUCCAGGCUCCAACUGGACUCGACCUUCCACCAAAGGGUUACGAUCCAGGAGAGGACACAUUCCAAGCCCCAUCUGGAAGCGGACAGGUUGAUGUAUCUCCAUCUUCUGAUCGUCUUCAACUUUUGUCUCCAUUCGACAAGUGGGAUGGAAAGGACCUCGAAGAUAUGAAGAUCCUCAUCAAGGUUACCGGAAAAUGUACUACUGAUCACAUUUCUGCUGCUGGACCAUGGCUCAAAUAUCGUGGACAUUUGGACAACAUUUCGAAUAAUCUUUUCCUUACGGCUAUCAAUGCUGACAACGGAGAGAUGAACAAGGUCAAGAACCAAGUUACUGGAGAAUAUGGAGCCGUUCCAGCCACUGCCCGCAAAUACAAGGCUGAUGGAGUUAGAUGGGUUGCUAUCGGAGACGAGAACUACGGAGAGGGUUCAUCUCGCGAACAUGCUGCUCUUGAGCCACGUCAUCUUGGAGGAAGAGCUAUCAUCGUGAAAUCCUUCGCCCGUAUUCACGAGACGAACUUGAAGAAACAAGGAAUGCUCCCACUCACAUUUGCCAACCCAGCUGACUACGACAAAAUCGAUCCAUCAGACAAUGUUUCUAUCGUCGGACUCUCCAGUUUUGCUCCAGGAAAGCCACUUACGGCUAUUUUCAAGAAGACCAAUGGAUCAAAGGUGGAAGUGACCUUGAAUCACACCUUCAACGAGCAACAAAUCGAGUGGUUCAAGGCCGGAUCUGCCCUCAACAGAAUGAAGGAAGUAUUCGCAAAGAGCAAAUAAAUGUUUCAUUGGAAAACUAUUUUCUCUUCAAAACCUGUAGUAAAUACUCAUUUUCAACAAACUGUAAUGUAAUGUAUACUGAAUUGAAGUAUUUUGAAAAUUCAUUAGAGAAGUGAAAAACAUUUUCUAAAUACUUCAGUUCAUUCCCAAUUUUCCCAUAGUAGUCAUCACAACCUCCAUGAGAUUGUUUUUAUGUAUGAGUAGAUAUUGUUUUGUUUCGUUUUCGUUUUUUUGUAAUUGAUUCUUAUUUCCAUGAAAAGACACAACUAUUUAUUCUUGUUCAUUUAUUGAUCAUUUACGAAGACGGGCGAAGAUACUGAGGGCCACCGUGACGAUUCCAACGCCAAGAAGAGCCUUUAAAAUAAACUGAUUGGAGUAUACUCAAAUGAAAGCUAAA